AGCGGGUAUGCGGAUUUGAGAGGAAGAUAGUUCUGUUAUGAUCAACUGCUUGCGCCCCGGACAAAUGAAGCUAUCUGUCCACUCUGCUCUCCUCAUCCACUGUUGGGUGACAGUGACAUCAACCCUGGGGAUGAAUUCUGAGUGUGACAUUGUCCUGGAGAUCAAACAGCGACAAGCGGAAUGUCUCCGGGAUUUAGAAUUGGAGGAUCAGACCCUGCACAACGGAUGUACAGGAAUGUGGGACAAUAUAACAUGCUGGCCCUCAGCUAACACUGGGGAGGUGGUGGUGGUUCCGUGUCCACAGUUAUCGGCUCUGUACUUUGACGUUCAGGCCAACGUCAGCAGAAACUGUACGAGCGAGGGCUGGACUGCUCUCUCUCGCUCCUACCUCCUCGCCUGUAGGGUCAACGCCAACAUCACCUCGUCCGAGGAACAGAGAAUAUUUUAUGGAGCCGUGAAGAUAGGCUACACGGUUGGCUACAGCUUGUCUCUCUUUUCCCUGACGGCAGCUAUGAGCAUUCUUUGUAUCUUCAGGAAGCUGCAUUGUACCAGGAACUACAUCCACAUGCACCUGUUCAUGUCCUUCAUGCUGAGGGCCAUCGCAGUCUUUAUCAAGGACUUUGUCCUGUUUGAGAACGAGGAGUCAGAUCACUGCUUCGUGACUUCGGUCGGCUGUAAGGUUGCCAUGGUUUUCUUCCAGUACUGUAUCAUGGCCAACUUCUUCUGGCUGCUGGUAGAAGGCUUGUACCUGCACACGCUGCUAGUCAUCUCGUUCUUCUCAGAGAAGAAGUACUUCUGGUGGUACAUCGUGAUCGGCUGGGGGUCCCCAACGCUGUUUAUCACCACCUGGUCCAUCACCAGAUUUCAUUUCGACAACAUUGGAUGUUGGGACACCAUUGAAUCUCCAUUCUGGUGGAUCAUCAAAGGCCCGAUCUUAAUAUCCCUUUUGGUAAACUUUAUUCUCUUUAUCGGUAUCAUCCGAAUCCUGGUACAGAAGCUACACUCCCUGGACAUCGGACCCAGUGAGUCCAGUCAAUACUCGAGAUUAGCGAAGUCAACUCUCUUACUGAUUCCUCUGUUUGGGCUGAAUUACAUCGUGUUUGCGUUCUUCCCCGACAACUUCAAAGUGGAGUUCAAGCUGGUGUUUGAUCUCAUCCUGGGGUCAUUUCAGGGCUGUGUCGUGGCCGUCCUGUACUGCUUCCUGAAUGGAGAGGUUCAGUCGGAGCUGAGGAGGAAGUGGAGGCGUUGGCACAUUGAGAAGUACCUGGGCACAGGCAUGAAGUACCACCAGCCCUGCAACAGCAAUGCCAGCUGUGCCACACAGAUCUCCAUGCUCUCCAAAUCCAGCCCCAAAGCCUCGUCAUUCAGCUUCCACACAGAGUCUUCCAUCGUCUAGCGCUGUGCAGUUACCAACCCCGCCCCCCAUCC